AUGCAAGUUGAAAUUAGAAAAGGUAAUUUUGAUAAGGCGAGUGAUAUACUCGUGGAAUUCGAUCGUUGUAAUCCCGGUUUCGCUGUUAUCGCUUUAAGACGAAUUGGAAUCGAACGACGUCGUGCGGCUUCAAUUAAUUCUGAAAAUGUGUCAAAUUAUUCAUCAGUCAUCUCUCGCUUUGAGCGACUCAUUCAUGACUCAAAUACUUCAACUAAAUUAUCUUCAUAUUAUGCUCUUAAAUUAGCACGAUUCCACAUUAAAAAAAAGAAUGAUAGAAAACUAGCAACGAAGAUUAUCAAAGACGCCAUCGCAAGAGAUAAGGAUAAUCCUAGCUUGUAUUUGGCAUUGAUCGACAUAGCAUAUACAGCUACAACAUUUAAAGAAAGUUCGGUUGUCGAAGCAAUUGAUUAUGCUUUAGAAUCGAGGCAUUUGAAUGAUAAAGAAAAGCUUAGAUUUUCUCAAAGAAAACUCGAUUUUCUUGAGGAUUUCGGGCAUAGCAUACAGGAGCUUCAGGAGCACAUAGAAUAUCACGAUCGGUUGCAGAAAACUAUUGAAGAAAAAAAUGCUAUCGUUAAAGCAAAAUUGGAAUCCAAAAUUGGAGAGGAACCAUCUGAAAAACGAGCACGUGUUGAACCAGUUGCUGGUACCGCAUAUCCCUAUCCGCAACAACCUUUUUAUCCCAUGGCUACGCCUUACGGCUCAACGGCAUACAAUGUACCGACAGGACAACAGCCAUUCGCAUUUGCAACUUAUUCUUAUGGUAGUCAUCCAUCGGCGAUCAGCCAAGUGCAGCAAACAUUUUGA